ACAGACAUUUACACACGUAGGCCAGGAAAGCACUAACCGCGGUACUGUGACUCCACGCAGGUUCCCAGGACACGCCUUUUACAUUGUUACUGAACCGAUCAGCGAACACAAACAAACCUGUCAACACUUAAAUCUACUCGCUGGAUUUCAUCUCCAUGGCAACAAGCAUGGAAGGCCAAGAGGUGACUCCAGCAGGAAUUCUGAAGACCCAAAAUGAUGUGACAGUGAAUAAUGAGUAGUAGCUAUUGUGGCAACUCUUCAGCUAAGAUGAGUGUCAACGAAGUGUCAGCUUUCUCAUUGACUCUGGAACAAAAAACUGGCUUCGCGUUUGUUGGGAUUUUGUGUAUCUUCUUGGGACUUCUUAUUAUCAGAUGCUUCAAAAUCCUGUUAGACCCUUAUAGUAGCAUGCCUUCCUCUACAUGGGAAGAUGAAGUUGAAGAGUUUGAUAAAGGGACAUUUGAAUAUGCACUUGCCUGAGUGUUUUCAGCAUUACAGUUUUUAGGGUUAUACCACUGGGGCACAUGGUGGACACAAUUGUAAUUUCCUUCAGCAUGCUGGAAGAAGCUCAUUUCAUUCACUGAAUUCAAUAAACAUGUGCGCUCAAUUUAUCCACCAUGCUGUGUAAGUGAUAAACCAUUAUUGGGGGUUCUCACUUUCCUCUGUUCUCACAUCGAGGUUUCUAAUGAAUA